AUGUUUGCAGAUCGUAAAAGAAGAAAAAUAACUGUUUACAAUUCAGAUACUGGAGAAAAAGAAAUAAUAAAUCCUUCAGAAGUAAGAAAAAUAUCUGUUCUUUUUAAACAAUCUGCUAAAAUCUAUUAUGAAGCAGGUGAAGAUGGAGAUAUUGGACAUUAUUUUACUGGUAGAGGAACAGAAACAUAUAUACAGAUCAAUGAACGGAAAGAUUGUUUGCUAAUAGCUUAUCAUGAAUCAUUAGGUAAAAAAGUAAAUGAAAACAUUAUAGGACAAGAACGAGUAUCACUACGCCGUUAUACUGCUAAACAUUCAGAAAAAUAUGUGGGUACAAUAAAGCAAACAGAUACUGUUCGCUUAGAUGAUCAGAAUUUUACUGGAAAUAGUGACUAUGUUAAUUUUCAAGUGCAAAUAGGUGGACAGAGAUAUGAACAUCAACGUAGGGAUAAUGAAUCUACAACUGUCGCACAUGUUUUAGUGACAAGACCACUAAAAGAUUCUGAUGGUGUUUAUCAUUAUAGCUCACGAAAAAUUGCUAAGGUCCUUCUUGAUAGUUUAAAUAAUGGCAAAACAGUAAAAUUACUUGCAGAAAAUCUUUAA